GACAGUGUGCGCACACAGGGUAGUGUCGAGCAGGGGGGAAAACAGACUAGUUUAUACCCAAGACACAGCUGAUUGCACACGAGCAAAAACGUAAAUAUUUUAAAAAGCUAUGAACGUGCGAAAAACGGAAACGGGAUCAACAGGGACGUAGGCUACUCAGAAAGUUUCUGAAUUGUACAGCACGCGAGAAGGCAAUGCCGUUGGGCAUCUGAUGAUGAGACAGGAAGACCGCGUAUAAAACAUGAGCGCACAAGGACAUAAGGUAGCCUACUUCAGCGGGUUCGAAAUGUGUCUUCACGGCGAUGCCUGAUGCCCAUUGUCGGCAACAAAAUUUUAGUCCUAGGCUGACAGCUGGCUGUAAAUAGCCUACGCAUCAAACCUGGUGCCACUAUGUCCAGACAGACCGAUGAGCGGGACUCUGGCACUUUGAGGAGACUGAGUAGUGUGUUCUCAACCAUUAAUGCAAAAUUUCACAGCCACCGAGGAGAGAGGACACCCCCUGGUACAAAUGCAGGUCUCCAGGCACCAGACUCUCCUCGAUCCCAGGACCAGAGCAAUGCAAGCGGGCAGUUCUUCUUUGAGUACCUGGUCGUGGUCAGCCUAAAGAAGAAGAGGGGCCAGGAUGGCUACGAACCACAGAUCACUUACCAGUUUCCUAAGCGUGAUGCAAUGGGUCAGUCACAGAGAGAGGACGAGGAGAAGUCCUUGAAAGCCAUCCCUCUCUUUUGUUUUCCUGAGGGAGUGAACUGGGCCCCACUGACUGAAUACACCAGUGAAACCUUCUCUUUCGUUUUGACUGAAAUCGAUGGUAGCAGGCGGAACGGCUAUUGCAGAAGAUUACUGCCGACUGGUAAAGGUGCACGUCCACCCGAGGCCUACUGCAUCAUCAGCCGAGUCGCUUGCUUUGGUCUUUUCUCCAAGAUAUUCGAUGAGGUGGAGAAACGAAGACAGAAGUCCAUGGCUAUGAUCUAUCCCUUCAUGCAGAGCCUGAGGGAAGCCCCUUUUCCUGCCCCUGGCAACACAGUCAAGAUCAAAAGCUUCAUCCCCGAGUCCGGAACUGAGAUCAUCAGUCUCACGCGACCCACAGACUCAUGGCUGGAGCAUGUGGACUUCCGGACGCUCUUCAGCUGCCUUAACAAUGAGGAGGUGCUUCAGGUGUUUGCUGCCACUGUGCUGGAGCGCCGAAUCAUCUUCAUUGCUGAUGAACUCAGCACCCUGUCCCAGGUUAUCCAUGCUGUAGCUGCCUUACUCUACCCGUUCACAUGGCAACAUACCUUCAUCUCCAUUGUGCCUCAAGUUCUCAUAGAUGUUGUCAUGGCGCCCACUCCAUAUUUGCUGGGUGUUACACGCAACAUGCUGGACUUGGUCCUGGACCAGAGUGAUGAUCUUCUGAUCGUUGACCUAUCAGAUGGUGCACAGGAGAGGUUCAUCACACGGCUCGGAGACGAGGACACCAUCAUCCCACCCAGACUACAGGAGGAAUUACUGCAAGCGCUAAGUACCAGACAACCAAACUCAACCGCUGAGGAGUUGAACAGGGUUAUCUCUGAGGCUUUCCUGUCAUUCUUUGUGACGACGGUUGGACACUUCGCAAGCCAUGUGAGGCGCGGAGGCAGUGGAGGCCAGCCCGGCCUCUUCAACAAAAAGAGCUUCUGCAAAGCCACAGAGCCCAAGGCCAAUCGCCAUUUUGUUAAACACUUUGUGGAGACGCAAAUGUUUGACAUCUUCAUACAAGAGGUGGAAAAGCAUCCAAAUAGGGAAGGUUUCUUUCAUAAAAAAGUGGCUGAGUAUGAACAGAAAAGGAAAAGUGAGAAGGGCAAAGGAUGGGGACGUGUGGGACUGUAAGGACGGGCAUCAUGACCAGAGCACUGUCUAAUCACUGCUUUAGAAGUCCACCCUCUUAGUUCAUGUAAUUACUUUGGUGUGAGGUGUGACUCUCUCUCUUUUCACCAAACUCCUGUUUUUAGGAGAUGGCGAGAGUCAGCUGAAAGUGCUUAGUGUUUUAUUACUCCUUGGCUGCUGUGACGGUUUAACCUCAGCUAGCUCAUACGAAAGAGCAUUCCCGACAUGGUUUAACGUUUUCAGCGGAGCUAUUUCCAUGGAAGAAUAUGUAGGAGGGCUUCAUGGGAAAACCUGUAGCUUGAGUUUCAAGUAUGCAAGUUGCCUUAAUAGGAUCAGGGACAUUUAGGAAAUGUGAUCAUUUCUAAAGCACUAUCACUUGAAUAAAAGUGUUCAGGGUAGCUGCUGCAUGUUAAAAAUGUGCUCACUCUUUUCCUAGUCUACAGCAGACUCAAAGAAGACACUUAAUCCAGUGUCAAAUUUAGAAGGAUAUUUAGUUGUAUAAUGUGAAUAUUUAACUUUUGUUGUGAAGAUUGUCAUUUGUUAAACGAGACUAUAAUGUGCUUGUUUUGAGCAUGUUCCUAUUUCCUGUCAGCCGAGUCACUUAUAAGAUAUGGAAGAAAAUGUGGUUAUGGCUCCACCUGCCAGAUCUUAAUGUUAAUAUAUACUGUCUCAAACAUCACAUUCUUGCAUCAAAUGUUGUGUCUCAAGUAUAACAUGUCAUGUAAAACCUUUAUAUUUGAGUAUAAGGGUGUUAGAUGUAAGAUGGCACUUUAUUUUAGUUUUGUAAAUAAAAUAUUAACAAGUUAAA